AUGAGGCUCCGCAGCAAGGCGGCGGCGCUGCUCCUGCUGGCGCUGGCCGCGCUGCUGCUCGCGCUGCUGUCCCUGCGCCCCGGCCGCGCCGAGACCCGCGAGCGCCCCGCGCCACCCGCGCGUGCCGCGUCCGCCCCGCAGCGCCACCCCGCGCCGGGGUCGGCGUCGGUGCCGGGGCCGGGCGUCCCUGCCCGGGCUCCGAGGAGGCGCCGGCCCCCACGUCCGCGCCCCCGGGCCAGCCGCCGGGGCGCGGCGCGGCUGGAGAAGUUGGCGAGGAGGCCGGGAGAAGCCAGGAGUUUCCAUGCUGUGCUCCCACGUGAACUCUGGAUCCAUCUGGCCGUGGUGGCCUGUGGCAAUCGGCUGGAGGAGACGCUGGUCAUGCUCAAAUCAGCCGUGCUCUUUAGCCACAGGAAGAUGCACUUUCACAUCUUCACGGAAGACUCUCUGAAGUCCGAGUUUGAUAAGCAGUUACGACAGUGGCCCGACUCAUAUACAAAGAAAUUUGAGCACAAAAUCUACCCCAUCACAUUUUCUGUUGGAAACCCUCAGGAAUGGAAGAAAUUAUUCAAACCCUGUGCUGCCCAGAGACUCUUUCUUCCGGUGAUUUUAAAGGAUGUCGACUCGCUUCUGUAUGUGGACACAGAUGUUCUCUUUCUGAGACCUGUCGAUGACAUCUGGAAGCUUCUGAAGCAGUUUAACUCCACCCAGCUUGCAGCUAUGGCCCCAGAGCACGAAGUCCCAAAGACAGGCUGGUACAGCCGCUUUGCUAGGCACCCUUUCUACGGCUCUGCGGGAGUCAACUCAGGGGUCAUGCUGAUGAACUUAACACGCAUAAGAAGUACCCAGUUCAAGAACAGCCUGAGUCCUACAGGCCUCGCUUGGGAAGACAUGCUGUUACCUCUGUACCAGAAGUACAAGAAUGCCAUCACAUGGGGGGACCAGGAUUUGCUUAACAUCAUCUUCUAUUUCAACCCAGAGUGUCUUUAUGUGUUUCCCUGCCAGUGGAACUACCGUCCAGACCACUGCAUGUACGGGAGCAACUGCAAAGAGGCUGAGCGCGAAGGCGUGUCGGUGGUGCAUGGGAACCGGGGUGUCUACCAUGACGACAAGCAACCAACUUUCAAAGCGCUCUAUGAAGCAAUACGAGACUUUCCCUUUCAAGACAAUCUCUUUCAAUCCAUGUAUUACCCGCUCCAGCUGAAGUUUUUGGAGACGGUGCACACUUUAUGUGGCCGCAUCCCCCAGGUGUUCCUGAAGCAAAUUGAGAAAACGAUGAGAAGAGCUUACGAGAGACAUGUCAUCAUCCACGUUGGUCCCAAUCACAUGCACUGAGCAUUUCAUCUUGUCACCGUGGACAUAUGGGUCUUUAUGCUACCUGGCUCUUUUCGUGUGUGAUUGAUCAUUGAAUGGUACUCCAUGACUGUUGAGUUUUAAAAGCCUUGUUAAACAUUGCUUAAUUCAUGACCCCUAAAAUGGAAUAAGCCUUUCUUUGACUUUAUUUUUCUAAAAUCCUAUUUAUCUCUGUUCAAUCAUU